UGUCAAUAAAUUGCAACUGGGGUUACAGAGAGGUUAUAAUACCGUUCAUACUGUUUAGUGUUAAGUGAAAUCCGCGUUUAGUGUGUUUUAACAUUGACACUCACCUGGAUAAACCGGAGAAAAUGAGUAUCCGUGGAUGACCCGUAUGUAGUUUCUCAUUAUUCUGUGAAGUUCAGUUGCCAUCUUACGAUGUCAAACUAUUCUACGUUUAUCAUUAUCUGUUUUAAGAUGAACAGUCUUCAAGUUUUAUCAGAUUCUAGCGGUCAGUGAUACUUACAGUAAGAGAGAUGUGGCAGCAAUUUAUCGAUAGAAGCUAACCAGUGUUCCACACAAUAAGCAAUUAGAACGGACAUGUCUGAAGUCUCAUUAGAGAAUCAUAAGCCACAAACCUCUUGGACCCAUAUCUUAUGUGGUGCUAAUUUCUCUGCUGUGUUGGAAUAAAAAAAGAUUCUCCAUCAAGAGUGCGAUAAGAUUGCAUGGUUCACCUACGCAUCUGAUGAAUUCAUGGUAUAUAUAAGCGAUAUUCUCACGGAUUGAGAGCAUUUGUCUUAGUUUGAUGCAACACAUCGCUCUUCUAACCUUGCCAGGCAAUCGGCAUCAAUCUUGUUAGAGUUUAGGUAUAUGUGUAUCUAAAUUAAUGGAUGGAUUCACUAGGCCCACCCCUUAAACCUUCAGGAGAAUGGGGAGAUUGACAAUUGCUUUUACCUGCACAAUUAGAUCUCGGUGUCUUAGUUAAUUAUCGCUUUCUGUUGAUACAAGUUCUUAAGCUCCAGGGAGCCACUGGUAAUUGCAGCUGAAGUAUUUCAAAUAAAAACCGCUGCUUUUUGUUUUAACGACACUACAUCAGGAAACAACGGCACGAUGGAUUUACUAAAUUUUACGAUGAAUGAGGUUGAAGUUCCGAAAUACCCGAUCCCGAUUCCUCUGUAUUAUGUGAUAGGGUCGGGUCUACUCAUAGUAGUUACGCUAGGACCUUUCAUGAACAUCACAAGUCUAUCUGUCUUUGCCCAAAACAAACAUUUGCGAUCGCCUACUAACAUUUUUGUCAUCUCUCUUUUAUUGGGGGAUGUUGGCAUGAGCUGUGUCGCACUCAUUUCGAUGGUGGCCCACUUCAAUCGCUACUACUUCUGGGGGGACAGGGUUUGCGUGUUCGAGGGGUUCUGGCUGUACUUGAUGGGACUCACGAAUCUGUACACCCACGCUGUGAUUGCUGUGGACAGGUACAUCGUCAUUGCCAAGCCUCUCAGCGCCCAUAGGGUCACCAAACGUGUGGCGGUGGUCGCGGUUCUGGUCGUGUGGAUACAGGGACUGCUCUGGGCCUCCUUCCCACACUUUGGGUGGGGGAAAUACACGUACGAGCCCGCCCGCACCUCUUGUGCCGUGGAAUGGGACUCGAAGGAGAUCGGGUCCGCCAGCUACAACGUUGCCAUUACGAUAUGGAGCCUGUGUAUUCCACUGGGUCUUAUUGUAUUCUCUUACUAUCGAGUCUUCAUGACGAUCCGCCAUGUUGCUAGAAGUGGCAUUUGGGACACAAGUAGCAGAAUUGCUAGAAAAAACCUCAAGAUGGAGAAGAAAAUGUUUAAAACAAUAGCUUACAUGCUAGCUUCCUAUCUGUGGUCCUGGACACCAUACACAGUCGUCAGCGUGUGGGCCAUUAUUGGGGAAUCCCGGGAUAUCCCAGUAUAUAUCAUCACCAUCCCCGCCGUAGUAGCCAAGUCUUCGUGUAUUUGGGAUCCUCUCAUCUACCUCUGGACCAAUCGGCAGUUCAGAAUCGCGUUUUAUAAGACCAUGCCCUGUAAGUCUCUUGGCGAGAAACUUCUCCAGCGGGACGAGCUGAAACACAAGGAGACGGAAUCCUCGCAACCACAGGAGCCACAGGAACUACGUCAUAAAUCGAACAGACUCACGCCAUUACGUCAGACUACUACCAAGCAAGGGCCAGCAGUCUCAGUUUCAGAAUAUGGACAAAAAACGGAGACGAUGGGGGUCAGUCAGAUCAAUGUCCCCCAUGUCGUAGUGCAGGGACCAUCAAAAAUCGGAAACGUUUGUUAGUGAUGUGCACAUGCGUACUGGGAGGAUGAAAUAUACAAUGUAUGUGAUAAAUUGGGUCGUAUCGAUCGUACUAAUUAAUAUUUAGUACGUGGACUGUUCUUUAAAAUAUUAUUUAUCACAACAAGUACUUAUAUUAGGUGAUUCAAUUUUAACAUUAUAAUGCAUGUUAUAUACGUGUAUUUUAGGUAGUUAAAAAUCGAAUGAAACGGUUUUUGUAAAUUGUAAAUAAGUUCUGUGGAAAUAAUCAGUUGUAGAAAUGCGUGUAGAAAUAAAACGGUAUCAAAUAAAUAAACUUUGUGUAAAUAACCAACUGACAGGCUGUGGCAUUUGAAGGAUAGCUACAACCAACGAAAACAGGA